AUUUUCAUUUAGAGCUCUUCCUCUAUUUUGCUAUUAAAUUUAGUGGUAGAGUUUUGCACAGGUCAAAGGCUAUUGUUUUUGUUUUGCACUUUACCCUUUAUAAAUAAGAUUUUGCCAUGAGAUUGAAAAAUUAUUAAAAUGCAUACUUUUCGAAACAUCCGACAAAUACUUACAUAUUGCAAGCUUUCUAAUGUGAGUUAUUCACUUCAUCACCUUGGCCUUGUUAACUAUUAACUAUGUUAAUUAAAUUUAUUAUUUUUUUUUAAAAAUUAAGAAUAAAAAAUCAGGGGUGUUAUUGUUAUCAACGAAUUCAAUGACACUUGACGGCGAAUGCAGAGAAUAGGUGCCAUUAAUUAGGGAUACAUUUAGGGUUCAGGUUAGGUUUAAGGGCUAAUGCUACUAAGACUAAGAGAUGUAAAUGUAAAUGUAGCCAUGACAUGACGUGGUAGUAGCCAUAAUAGUAGGCAUAACCUGGCAGACCCAAGAAGGCCACAGACUAUAUUUUAGUGGACGGGAGUACACACACACGAACAAGGAGUUGGCUUCCUUGUUCAUAAAAACAUUAAGAACAGUAUUAUGAUGAGUUUCGAGCCGGCUCAUCACUCUUCGUCUAAGGCGACUAAACUAAGGGCAACACUGUUCAACAUCACCAUCGUACAUGCGUAUGCACCAACUUCAGAUUUUAAUUACAAAGAAGUGGAUGACUUCUACCAUCAACUCCAGGAUGUGCUGAACCAAACCCCCAAGAAAGACAUUCUUAUCGUUCAAGGUGAUUGGAAUGCCAGAAUAGGAGAAGAUUCCUAUGCAAACUAGAAAGGAACUUUGGGGACGCCACUGUAACGCAACUUCAAACGAGAGAGGUCUGAGGCUCUUGGAAUUAGCCAGCUUUAACGAACUCAUACUGGCCAACAAGCUGGGUGCACAUAAAAUAUCCAGGAAAACCACAUAGCAUAGCCCCAAUGGGAAACAUCACAAUCAGAUUGACUACAUCAUGCUGCAAACACGCUUUCGGUCUAGUAUAAACAUUGCCAAGACUCGCUGCUUCCCAGGAGCUGACAAUGGAGGUGACCAUGAUCUAGUCAUGAUGACCUUAAGGCUGCACUUAAAGGGGGUAAAUAAACAGGGGUUUACCACAAACAAUUUCAACCUUGACAAGCUGAAGGAUCCUAAAUUAGCAGAAGUCUUCCAAGCAAUGAUAGGAGGAAAAUUUGCAGCGCUUAACAUUAUAGAUGCCGACUGUUCAGAUAUGGAGACAUUGAUUGAUAACUUAAACACAGCUGUGACGGACACAGCUCAUGACAUCCUUGGUAAACGUCGACCAACCCAAAAACCAUGGGUGACAGCUGACAUCCUCAAUCUGUGUGAUAAACAGAGGCAGUUAAAGAAAACAAAGAUGGUAGAUACAGAGGGAGCCAAUAAAUAUAGGACAGUUAACCAAGCCAUCAAAAAAGGUAUGAGAAGGGCAAAGAAGAACUGGAUUGAAGAGCAAUGCUAUGACAUUGAAAACUGCUUGAAGAAAAACAAUAGCAAAAAGGAAUACCAGUUGGUGAAAGAAAUAACCACUGCAAAGCAAGGGCGUAGUACAACCAUACAAGAUAAAAAUGGUUGAUGUUUGACAGAGGAAAACAAUAUCCUGAAAAGAUGAACUGAAUACUGCUCAGAGCUGUAUAAUGAAAAUAUAAAGAUAGACCCAGAGAUCCUUAAUGUCCCUCCAGCAACAGACAAUGAAAACAACCCUAUUCUCCACGCAGAAGUAGAAGCAGCAGUACAAGCACUCCAAAUAGGAAAAGGCGUAGGAGUUGAUAAUAUCCCUGCCGAUUUGGUGAAGCAAUGAUAAAUGCUCUAAUCAAUAUUUGUAACAAAAUAUGGCUAACGGGGGAAUGGCCCAAAUCACUCAUCAUCACCCUCCCCAAGAAAGGUAAACUACAGCAAUGCCAAAACUAUCCCACCAUUGGCCUAAUAAGCCACCCAAGCAAGGUCAUGAUGAAGGUCAUAUUGAACCUACUAAGACCAUAUGCCGACAGAAUCAUUGCUGAAGAACGUCUUUGUGGAUUUCAAGAAGGCAUUCAACAGGGUUAGGCAUGCUGCUUUAUGGGCCACCAUGAGGCACUACAACAUCAACACAAACCUAACCAGAAUAAUAUGCAGCCUCUAAGAUAAGGCCACCAGUGCAGUCUUCUUUAACAAUAACAUCGGAGAAUGGUUCAAGACCACGGUUGGAGUACGAAAAGGCUGCUUGCUCUCCGCACCCUGUUCAACAUCUUCUUAUAGAGAAUUAUGUCAGAUGCUCUGGAAACGCAUGUAGGGACAGUCAGCAUUGGUGGCAGAACAAUCACCAACCUACGCUUUGCGGAUGACAUAGAUGGACUGGCUGGAAGCGAAGAAGUGGCAGCCAACCUCGUAAAGUGUCUCAACAAGACUUCAUCGUCCUUUGGCCUGCAAAUCAGUGCAGAAAAGACAAAAUUGAUGACGAAUAGCACCACCGGCAUCGCCACUGAAAUUAAGGUCGGGGAGGAAAGAUUAGAGACUGUAGGCAGCUAGGUACCUCGGAGCAAUAGUCUCGGAAGAAGGCUCCAAGCCCAAAUGAUGUCAUCUGUGGCGCCCCAACGGUCCAAGAACUAAGGGACAUGAUGAUAACCUGGCAGCAGCAUAUAGUCUAUAGUAUAGGCUAAAUCAUUUUUUUAAUUUGCAGCCUAUUAAUUUUAAUUAUUAUUAUUACACCAGUAAUUCCUGACCUUUUUGAAUGGCAGAGCCCUUUUUAUAAUAAAUUUCUUUUGGAGAGCCCUAAGUUAAUUCUGUUUUAUUUCCUAGAACAGCUGCAAGCCUCUGAGAAGUUUAUGUGGAGCUCUUAAGGGCUCCACGGAACACUAGUUGGGAACGACUGACACUGGGCUACAAUAUGGUGACACUAGCUUGGGUUGGAGAUGUUCACUUACUUGUCUCUGAAAUCUUAUGUAAUGACACAGAAUACAAAAAUCACUUAAGUUUAACCUGUAAUUUACACAAAAUCAUGAAACAAAUAAAGUGCAGAAGCUUGUAUUACUCAGGCCAUAGUAUCCUAAUAAGCAAUUGAAUAGUUUUAAAAAAUGUAAUAUUUGCACCAUGAAAAGAGUAAAGGAAGAGGUUAAACCUAGUUUGUUGUAUGGUUGUUAUGUCUGUGUUUGUCAGAGGCAGAGGGCUCAUCACCAUCAUUAGGUUUCGCUUUAAAGCCUAAUUGUUAUACGUUUAGGACUAGUAUUACAGAACAGUCAAUAGUGAAUUUCAGGUUUCAUUUCCAGAAUGUUGUUAAAAGUGAAAAUGACUUAACUAAUGUUGAAGAAUUCCAAUGUGGAAGUUUUACUCAUGCAGAUGCUGAAAUGGUUUAUUUUGUCAUUUAACUACAUAAACAAUCUUAUAAUGAUCAACUUUUAAUAAAUUUCUCAAACAGAAGUUCCUUAAUUUUAAACUAAAACUAAAAGAAAUACUGGUAUAAAAAGUGUAAAGUUUUUUUAUUAGAUUUUUAAAAAUGUAUUUUGUCACACUGUCAGUGCCAAAAAAAACCCCAACAUUUAGGUUUCUGUUUAAAAAAUAAAAAAAAAUCUUUUUGUUUUUCAGUUGCUUCAACAAAAUCUUGCUGCUGGUGUUCACACAGGAAGACUUUGUCUUAAACAAAAUAAGGUAGAGUUGCAGAUUUCAUAUAUAAACAAUAAAUGUGUAUAUUUAAGACCAAUGAGGUAUGUUAAAGUAUUUCUUAAAGUUAAUAAAGCUUCAUUUUUUGUUCUUAUUUUUAAGCUUUUAACAUAUGGUACUCUAAAAUUAAGUAGUAUUAUCUAAGCAUCUAAUAGGCAUGUGUGCUUGGUAUGCUCUUUUAUGGCACUGAAGUGUGGACCACAUAUGCCAGUCAUGAGUGGCAACUCAACAACUUCCAUUUCCAUCAAAUAUGUCUGCGUAGCAUUUUACACAUUCAAUGAAAAAUGAAUGGCAGUACAAGGUGCCUAACGCAGAGAUCUUGGAUGUGCAAAAUUGUGUUUCAUAUUCUCAGCUCUUAGCAAGAGGCGCCUUCAUUCCAAAGGAUCUGUUGUAUGGAGAGUAGGCAGAAGGGGCAAGAGUUAUUGGAACAGCCGCGACUGUGAUUUAAGGACAUUUGCAAAAGGAGCAUGAGGGAGGGAAGCCAGUAUAGAAAUCAAAGAUUGGGACAUCAUCACUGAGCACCAAACAGCAGUAUAUGAAGGAGUCAAAAAGGCAGAAAACACGCAGGCCCUGUUAAUAGAAGGGCCAGAGUAUUACUGAAGGCCAAAUUUAACCAGGAGUCAAGGUUCUCCUACGAGAAAUGCAGCCAAGUCUGCCAUUCCAGGAUUGGCCUAGUAAGCCAUUUUUUGAGUGUUCAUAGCUACUCCAUUGUGUCGCGAAGACAGAAGGAUGUAACAUUAUUAUUUAUCAUUUAUCACUCAUAGAUCCUUUAAUUUACCUUAAAGCAUGUUCUCAUAUGAAAAUAAAAUCUUUAAUAUAUUGUUUCCAUAGAAUUUCAAAAUAUAAAUGUCUCUUUCCAUCUUUGUUUGUGACAAAAAUAUAUAUCUAUGAUCUUUAACAAAAAAACUUGUGAGGUACCGGUAUGCAACGAGAAAUGAAGUGUAAUACUUUUGGUGGUAUAGGAAUGAUAUAUAAUUUUGAAAAUAAAAAUACUUCUUUAUUUCCUUCUUGAAAAUAAAAAUCACUACUUUAUUUCCUCCCAUUAAAUUGAUCUGGAAAAAAUUUAAAAAAAAUUACUAUUAACAAUUCUAACCUUUAAGGCAGGGUUUCCCAACCUUUUCUGUAGUCUUGCAUACCUACAAAUUAUUUUACGAUACAUGUACAAAAGUGGCAAUGCGUUUAAAAAUUGAAAAAAAACAACACAAAAAACAAAAGCUUAUUAUGCUUUUUUUAAACCUGCUUUUUGUAAAAAUAUGUUAUUUUAAUUAUGACUAAAAAAAUAUUGCAGACACUUGCUCUGUUAUUAAAAGUUACAGCUCCACAUUAACAUUGCCAAUAAAUGGAGAUGUAUUGAGACCAAGUGCAAUCUAAAAUAAAAGAAUGGUUAAUGAGUGGGCCAGUGGCACAGCUAGAAUUGGUGUCACCGGGUGCGGUCCGCACCCCCCUAGCUAUGCCACUGGAUUGGGCAAUGGAUGAGGAAGAUAGAAACAAACACAUGGUCUAUUUUAAAAAGUAAAUCUCAUUGACUGUAGGUCAAAAUUAUAAAAUGUAAUGCCUGUUUAUUUUUGGAUUGACUGCCUAAGUGUUUUAUUUACUUUUUUAAUUUCAUUUGGGCACUUAUUUUUAUUUAUGUGAUUUAAUGUACCACAGACAGCCAAUAUUUAAUUUCAUCCCCUUAAACAGCCAAUAUUUAAUGCCAUCCCCAUAGACAGCCAAUAUUUAAUAAUUACAUCACUGUAGACAGCCAGAUUUAAUUCCAUCCCUGUAGACAGCCAAUAUUUAAUUCCAUCCCCUUAGACAGCCAAUUUUAAUUCCUGGUCUGCACCCAAUUUGCGGCCUGCGAAGACUUUGGUGAAAAUCUAUCAUCUUAUAAAUUAAAAAUAAUACGGUAAACAAAAACCUUACGAUGUUCCACCAAAUUUUUUUAGUGUAUUUGGAACCACUUAUCUAUGUGAAUAGACAUUUUAAACAAUGAACAUUAAUAAAUUCAAAGAACGCUCAUGUUUGUGUGAUGAUCAUUUGGAAGAGAUCUUGAGGACAGCCACUUCCAAUAUAUCUCCUGAAUAUGAAAAACUUGUUACCAAAAAAUGAUGCAAUGUGUCACAUUAAUUAUGCUGACAAACAAUAUUAAAUUUUUUUUGUAAGAAAUGAAAUAGUCUUUAUCAUUUUCUUAAUAGCUUGCCCCCAUCCUAUUUUCUUUUGGCCCGCAAAAGUUUUUUAUAAAGUAUUACGGCGCGCCUUACAUUUUGAGUCGUGCAGGCCUGCCGUAGGCAGCCAAACUUUAAUUCCAUCCCCGUAGACUGCCAAUAUUUAAUUCCAUACCAGGGUGGCCUCUGACUCUGAUUUAAAAGGUUUUCUACCAGGCUAACGAGUCCAUUUUAACUAGCUGUUUGGCCACAUGAAUUUGAAUUAGCUACAUUUAGGAGACAAUACUACAAAAGGAUUGGGCUUUUAAAGAAAUUCAUUGACCUAAAUAUUUUUCUUUUGAUAGCUGUGGCACCUUGGAAAAAUUAAUCAUGUUGCCUUAGUCAGCCCCGAUCUUGAUAAAAGCACUGCACUAUAUAGGGAUGUCCUAGGAGGAGAUGUUAGUGACAAACAGGUGAGACAAGUCAUUACUAAAUGGGCGAUGCUACUGCCAGAAAUGAUUAAUUUAUAAGAAACAUGGAGUUCAUUUUGAUGAAUUAUCAAAGAAUAAUAUUUAAUAACAGAUCAUUUCCAUAACUAUUCACUAAGUGAUGACAACAUUUAAAAUACUUAAAAACUAAUGUUUGUUAGUUAAGUUAGAGUUACCGGUAGUCACCGACAUUGCAGUGUCCUAAAAUGGGGUGAUUUUAAUCAAUAGCAUUUACAUUAUAUUUACAGCCUUAUGAAACGCUGACACUGCUGUAUUCAGUAAGGUGUGUCUCCAUGUCCAUUUUUAAAAAUAUUGCUUUUUGCCAUAAUUUUGUUUACUUUUUUAAUUUUUUUGGUUUGAAUCCACUAGUACCAAUAAAGGAAUAAAUAUGAAACUAAAGCUGUUUUUUACACAAUUAAUAUUUUCAGGCACUGCCUGAGCAUGGUGUAACAACCGUUUUUGUGAAACUUGGAGACACAAAAAUUGAGGUGAUUAGAACAAAAGUGCUCUCACAGUUUAAAGCAUUUUUUUUAUUAAUAUUAGGUAGCAUCAUAUUUAAAAAGUUGUCCACUGAGUUAAAUCUCUCCCAUGGUCAGCCAAUUGAAAGACCAUCCAUUUGGAAGCAGCUGGUGUUGCACAAACCUGUUACAAAAAUAUAUAUAAUAAUAGGAUCUUAAAAAGAUCAUUUGCAUUGUUAAUUAAGCUGUAUGCUUAUUCAUUUUUCAAAAGUAAAAUUCAUGAAAAAAACCCAACUAUUAUCAGUCAUACCAACAAAUUAAUUUAGCUUUUUAAAGGUCAGGAUCAUUAUACUAAAUUAUAACACACCUCUGUUUUGUACCUGUAGUUGAGAUUUUAACUAAUUUAUUUUUAUUUCUUCAGCUUCUACACCCUUUGGGAGAUAAAAGCCCCAUUCAGUCUUUCUUAGAGAAAAAUAAGUCCGGUGGAAUGCAUCACAUAUGUAUUGAGGUAAUUAUUUUGUCUCCGUCUCUCCCCCCCUCCCAAUUAAUUAUAAUUAAUUUACCUUAUGUUUUUCAAUUCUCUUUUCAAAGGUUGACAAUAUCGAGGAAGCAGUGAAAGAUCUUAAAGCUAAAAAGAUUCGUAUAUUGAGUGAAGAACCUAGAAUAGGAGCUCAUGGAAAACCAGUGAUCUUUCUUCACCCUAAAGAUUGUGAUGGUGUUUUGGUUGAGCUGGAACAAGCUUGAAAUGUAGCUUUAAUUAAUAUAAAUAUAUAGUUUAUUUCUUAAUGCUCAUGUACAUUCAUACCUCAAAUUAAUGUAAUAAAAUGGUCUUUGCAUAUGUUCCCUUUAUUUUAUUAUAAUAUACCUUUCACAAAUAUUUUUUUUACCAAACAAUAGAAAAUAGUUAAAGAUUUAUUUUUGUGUAGGCAUAUUAGAUGAAUAAAUUGGGGAAUACAAUUACUGUUGAUCAAAAUAAUGAGCGGUCAUUUUAUA